UCUGGCUUCUCUUUUGCUUCUUUGUGCUGCCUUGGAGAGAAAAGAAAUGAAGAGAAGAAGCGUUCGAAGCAGCCAGCAGAAGAAGAAGAGACAGAGACAGAGACAGAGACAGAGACGGAGGCUACAGAGGACGGAGUACAGAGUAUCCGUAUAAUGGAAAAGCAACUGCAGCAGCCAUCCAUGCCAGCCCAUCUCUCAGAAUCGGCGUUAUGGCCAGAACUGUUUCUCGCCGGCCCGCUUAUUGAGUCAGUCCAGUCCAUCAAGUCAAGCCAGAGUCAGAGCGAGCCUGCAUGGAGGGAAGAAGAAAAGCUUUCUGUGACGAGCUCUCGCAGCAGCCUACUCUCACGCAGGAAGAUGCAUAUUCGGGUGCAUAUACUCUGCUCUGGACUUUACUUUACCCUCUCUCUCUCCAUCAGAAGAAACAGAUGGCGAGAGUCAGGUUUAGAAAAAAAAAAAAAACAGGAUUAUCGACAGCAUAAGAAGAUAAACGCAAAAAGAGAGGCGAAUGGGCGGACGUGUGCACCGUUUACUUGCCUGAGAUUGUGCCUUGCCUCGCUGCAUCUCUACCUUACCGGCGGGUUCGGCUUGGAGCAGAGAGGCCAACGCCUAGGACAGACAGGGUUGGUUUCAGCGGCGCGGACGGGCGACGGAGGAAGCAGAGGGACGUCAGCCCGUUGCUUCUGCUUCGUCUGCUUCGUCCUCCUCUCCUCCAGCUUAGAUCUUGCGUAUUACUUAUUUGAUAAUUUGAUAUCUGGCCGGGUGGUCGUCAGCUUUGGAACCGCGCUGUGUCUCGACCCGCAGAGGGAGCAAGAGCUCACGCGAGAAGUGGCUAGGAAACAGACAGCUCGACAGCUGCUAGAGGCCGGAGUGGAUAACUAUCGCUGGAGCUCCCUGUCAGAGAGGGCCCUGGCUAACUCUACUCGACCCUUGGUUCUGGUGCCGGGUGAGUUUACCAGUCGCUACUUUAUUUACCUUACAUAUAUUCGAAAAAAGUACUCCUAUAACACGAAGUAUACAGAGUUGAAAAUUUACAAAGCUUCUCCCAGAGAACGGAGCAUACGGAGUAGCAGUCUAUCAUUGGCCCUGCUCCACUGGAUCCCAGGCGCUUCUGCUGCCCCUGGCUGGCUCGUCGGUUUCAAAAGAGAAAUCGAGCUGUUUCGGGAGGGAUACGCCGUCAGAAACAGGCAGCUCGUUAACUCCUUGCAACAGGAGCUGAGAUAUUCGUACUCAACGCAUACACAUCUUUAG